AUGGCUGCUCUUAUCACUGCAUUAAGGUUAUGGAUAGGAAUGAUAGCAACUAUAGCAUUCGUAAAUAGCACUCAAUGCUAUUUGCAAGGUGAAUUCGUACACCAGCGUAUGUAUACGGAAACCAAGGAAGCUACACUACUACAAGCCAGGACAUUUGGAACUUGGACCCUGCUAGCUUCCGUAAUCCGUAUCUAUUGCGCAUUUGAUAUUUAUAAUAAGACGCUCUAUAUGGUAACGUUUUGGUCGUUUAUCAUUGUCUUGGCCCAUCUCCUAGCUGAAUGUUACAUAUAUCACACUGCAGCCUUUACUCCUGGUGUUAUAGCACCAUUGAUCAUUUCCAGUUUAUCAUCGGUUUGGAUGAUAUUAGCUUAUCCCUCUAUUACCAAUGGAAGUGAAAGCAAGGCUAAGUCAAAUUGA